AUGAGGGCCUUUAAUGGAGGAAUUAUUGUGGCGAAUCUGAAUGGAAAGGCCACCGCGAUGAAGGCAUGGCACCCUACUGAGGCAGGUGCCUCGGUUAACUUGACAGCAAUCACCAUAGUUUCGCUCUCUGGUGCCGCAUGCCGCAACACUGUUCAGCAUAUGAGAUCGCCCACGGCCCAAAUUCUGAAAUCUACACCUCAGCUCAUAUGGGGUUCUUCUACCCGCACCUAUGCGACCGCCCGGAUCGGAAAUGGCAGGAAUCUCCAAAGACUGCCCCUCGGCUCAGCGACCCGAGCAACCCCCCUAAGGACCGCCGCGAUCGCCGGCUCCGUCGCCUUCACCCAGAUUCCCUCCGCGAGCCGAUCCCUCUCCCUCUGGGGCUACGGCUCAAAAAAGCCCGAUCCUCCCACCACCACACCCGAAGCCCCAGCGCAGUCUGCCACGCCGGCACAGGUCCAAACUCCUCCCCCAGCCGCCGAGGCCGCCGCCUCCACCACCCCAUCCAUAGAGCAGACCGCCACGGACCUCGCAUCCUCCUCACCUGCCGCGGUCGGCGCCCCAGAGCCCACGGCCGAGCUCUCCAACAUCAUCUCCUCUGAGCUCGGCAAAUACGACUCCAUCUCCUCCAUCCCCGAACACAUCGGCUACCUGCACAGCCUUGGCAUCGACUUCGGCUGGGGCACCACGUCCAUGAUCCAAUGGCUCCUCGAGCACGUCCACGUCUACUCCGGCUUCCCUUGGUGGGCGUCCAUCCUCGCCACGAGUCUGCUCAUCCGCGCAUGUCUCUGGAAGCCUAUCAUGCUGGGCCAGGAGCACACCACGCGGCUCAACAUCCUCCGUAGGACCGAGCCGGGUUACGAGCGCGCCACGGAGGCCUGGAAGGAAUCGAUGGUGAACAAGGACGUCUUGGCUGGUCAGGCUGCCAAGGCAGCUAUGAAGGCCCUCGAGGAGAAGCACAAGGUCAACAAGAAGUUGAUGUUUGUCAACAUGAUUCAGCUGCCUAUCGGCUUCGGCAUGUACCGCAUCUUGAAGGCCAUGUCGGAUUUGCCUGUGCCUGGCCUUGAGACUGGCGGUCUUUUGUGGAUCACGAACCUCACUGUUCCUGAUCCCUGGUAUAUCCUCCCCUUCGUCGGCCCUCUUACCUUGAUGGCUACAAUGAGGAUAACAAACCGCCAUAACACCCCCCAGCAGCAAGCUACCAUGAAAGCCGUAUCCUUCAUCCUCGUCCCCCUCGGCUUCAUCGCAACCAGCUUCCUCCCCGCCGGCGUCCAGCUCUACUUCGUAACCGCCUCCGUUCCCGGUCUCCUCCAGACCUGGCUCAUCUUCCAGCCCUGGUUCCGUAGGUGGUCCGGCCUCACGCCCCUCCCCGAGCCCCUCGCCAAAGCACCCGCCGGUUCCGUCUCCGCGACCUCCGUCACCUCCACUCCCGGCAUGUUCGACGGCGUGAAGAAAGCCUUCAAGGAUGCGUCCGAGAUGGCCAACGCUAGGAGGGACGGCUCGAAGGUGAAGAAGGAGAAGCAGAAUAGCGAGUCCGAGGAGACGAGGUUGCAGGCUGAGUAUUAUGAGUCUUUGAGGGAGAGGAUGGCUGAGCUGGAGAAGAGCCGGAAGAUGAAGCGCAGGCCGUAG